AUUCGGUGUAUGUAGACUAGCUUGAGUUGGAUGAUCUGCUCUGAAGCCCCAUCAAUGUAGGUCCAGGAAGCCUUCUUGAGCACAUAUUGUCCGCAUCCUAUCAUGUGAACUUAUGGACAUUAACUUAUCUCUGCGCUUCGUGUCCGGUGGAGAGCAGCGGGCUUGGACAGAUGUGUCCGCGGUCCUGGCAUCGCCAUUAAACUUUCAAAAUGAGGAUCUUCGCAUCUCUGCUGAAAAAUGCGAACCCUAAAAUCGAGUACUACUCCAGGUUCUCACCGUCCCCGCUGUCCAUCAAGCAGUUCCUGGAUUUUGGCAGGGAAAAUGCGUGCGAGAAAACAUCGUACAUGUUCCUGCGUAAGGAGCUGCCAGUGCGGCUGGCCAACACCAUGAGGGAGGUCAACCUCUUGCCCGACAAGCUGCUCAGCCAGCCCUCCGUCAGACUGGUGCAGAAGUGGUACAUGCAGAGCUUUGUGGAGCUGCUGGAUUAUGAGAACAGGAAGCCGGAGGAUCCUCAGGUUCUGAAUGAUUUCCUGGAGCUCCUGAUAGAGAUCCGUAACCGUCACAACGAUGUGGUCCCCACCAUGGCUCAGGGCGUCAUCGAGUACAAGGAGAAGUUCGGUUUCGACCCCUUCAUCAGCAGCAACAUCCAGUAUUUCCUCGACCGCUUCUACACCAACCGCAUCUCUUUCCGCAUGCUCAUCAACCAGCACACUCUACUGUUUGGUAACGACACCAACCCCGCUCUCCCAAAACACAUAGGCAGUAUUGAUCCGACCUGCAAUGUGGCGGAAGUCGUCAGUGACGCCUAUGACACUGCCAAGAUGUUGUGUGAGAAGUACUACUUGGCCGCUCCGGAGCUGAAGAUUGAAGAGUUUAACAUGAAGGCGCCAAAGAAGCCCAUCCAGGUGGUGUACGUGCCCUCUCAUCUGUUCCACAUGCUGUUUGAGCUCUUCAAGAACUCAAUGAGAGCCACAGUGGAGCUCCAUGAAAACAGCGCAGAGGGAUUACCACCAGUGAAGGCCAAAGUCACUCUGGGUAAAGAGGAUCUCUCAAUAAAGAUCAGCGACAGAGGAGGAGGAGUUCCUCUGAGGAAAAUAGACCGUCUGUUUAACUACAUGUACUCCACUGCCCCAACACCAAGUCUGGAGCCAGGAGCUGUCCCACUGGCUGGGUUUGGCUACGGUUUGCCCAUUUCUAGGCUCUAUGCCCGAUACUUUCAGGGGGAUCUGAAACUUUACUCCAUGGAGGGCGUUGGCACGGAUGCAGUCAUCUAUCUGAAGGCCCUGUCCAGUGAGUCCUUCGAGCGCCUGCCCGUCUUUAACAAGUCAGCAUGGCGGCAUUACAAGACCAGCCCUGAGGCGGACGACUGGAGCAACCCCAGCAGAGAGCCGCGCGAUGCCAGCAAGUCCAAAUACAAAGCCAACAGAUAACUCUGCCUGACCCGCUAGCCCGGCGCUCGGCCGGGAGCCUGAAAAGCUUGCUCUUUUGCCAGGAGCAUGCUGGAUGAAAUGUUGCCCUUGGGUAAAUGCUUGGUUUCGGAUCAGACUUUCUUUUACAUUCCAGUUUGCAAAAGAUGCAUGACCUGGGCUCCUACCUGUACCCAAUGGCAAUAACAUUCAUCAGCGUAGCUUUGUGUGUUGUGGCAUUAGCACUGGCUCUCCCAGGAUGGAUUCUAAAGUGAACCUCCCUUGAAUUAUAUAUUCUCACUGUUUUUUAAUCAGAUGAGUCUGUUCAAAAGCUGAUUUCAUUUUCUCCUGUCUGGCCAGUUCACCUCGUCACCAUUGUCCCCCUCUCUGCCUCUCUGCCUCUCUGUCUCUCUGUGUCUCUGUCCCAUGCACGGUUUGGCCCGGCUUGUCUUUGCUGACUAGGCCGCUGCUCCCCGUGGCUGAAUAAGCUGCACAGUGCUGAUUGAGAGUCUUUUUCAGCGUCACUGGGAGCUUGUAUUGUAUUUCUUGCUCUCUCAAACACAAGCUGAGUCAGAAGGGUGAGUUUCAGUGCAUACUGGGAGAAGAGGAGGUUUCAUUUCCCUCCUUUGGGAGACACUUUUGACUAAACGCACAAGUAGGCCAGUGUGCCAUCGGCAUAGUAAAGACUUGUUUGGGCAAGCCUGGGAAAUGUAAGAGGGGGUGACAGGAAAGUAUAACUCUUUUGGAAUAAGUAUAGGAAGAAAUGCAUCAAGAGUAAAACUUAUUUUUAAAUAACGAGAAGUCAGGAUUUUAUUUUACCUUCAUCAGAAAGAGAAAGUGCUUCUUGUGAGAACUUGGAGCAUCUUUUAUAGUUUGAAAAAUCUGCCCUGAAGGCUCUCCUGGAACUUGGAGGAAGAGUAUUAUGUCUUUAUUUUAGUAUUUCCGACGUUAGGCGAACUUAAACCCUAAACGACAGAGUCAAUCAGACAUUUCUCCUUUCCCUCUGUAUCCUGAUUUCACGCCCGCUUAAGGACCAAAGCAGCAUCAGUACGAUGCUCACUAAACACCACCAUGCCAGUCAAGUAGCUUCAACCUCACCAGCAUGAUGUGUUCUCCAUCGCAGAGAGGAGUGGACUUGAGGAAUGGAAAAAGGACUCUCAAAGUUGAAUUCAUUAUCACACACCAACUAACAGCUCGGACUGUCAGUGCUAGCUGUGCUUCCUCCAGUCAGCCUCGUGUCUAAUUGUUGUGUUUGGGUAAUCCCUGCACUCCUCUGAAUGAUAGAACAAAGCUUGUGUGCUUUAAAAAAAUGUGCUUUUGUUUUUGUAACCAUAAAAAAAAAAGAAAUUCUUGAUAGAAAAUAGAUUUUUAAUUUAUGUAAUCUGCAAAAAAAAAUAGUUCAAGAACUUCUUUUCAGGCUUUUGCACUGCAACCUUUCACUUCUGAUCUUUGACACAAGAACAAGAUCAGGUUUUAGGAUCUCCUUGUGGUUUUAUUCUCUGAUUGUAUUUUUUUAAAAGUGGACUGCGGCAGAGGAUAAGGGCCAAAUACAGGAAGAAUAAAAAUGAGAUGUGGAGAAUAAAGUUGUAUGAAAAAACAGCAAUAUAUCGAAGAGAAUAAAGUCCUAAAUUUAGGAGAAAUAAAUUAUAAUUUUAUAUCAAAGAGGAAUAUUGUAAGUGCAUGUGACACGUCCUCAUUAUAGGGCAUUUAACCACAGAGCAAAAAGCAAUGAAUUUGUUCUCAUAAUAUUCAGACUUAAUUUUCACAAAUUUUAUAUUUUAUUCUGAUAUUCUGACUUUAUUGUCAUUAAUUGGCUUUCUUUUCUGAGAAUCUCUCACUUUUCUUUCUUUAAUGUGUCCCCCAUCCACUUUUCGUGUCCACUUAUCGUUUCGUAAUUUCAUUUAAUAGGAACUCAAGUCUGUUUUGAGAAGCUGGUUGAAGGACUCAGAGAUCCUUUGGUACUGAAACGGUUUAUCGAACCAUGAUCAGGAACAUUCUUAGUGCACUUUACGCACCCUCCAUGUGCAUUUCUCCUUAACGAACUCUCCUACACUCAUUUCAGUUCUCUUUAAAGAACUCUUUUUUUAAUAAUGAUCAGGUGAGAUUUAAAGUCACCACCACUGAAAGAAACCACACAUGGCUCAUACCUGGUAGCGUUCAUUAAGAUGGGACAGUUCAGUUUUCUAAAGUGACUUCCUUUUCUCCUCCCCUUCAGCUCAAGUCUGAUGUGAAAACAAAAGAAAGGAAUGUAGCUGAAGAAAUCAGAAAGACAAGCUUCCUCAUCUUUUCAGCCUCGCUGUAAGAUUUCAUCACUGCCGAUGCCUUCAUAAACUGCCAGUGUCUCUGAGUGCUGCUCAGUGACAAACCUGCUGUAAAGGAAGUGCUGUGUUGUCCACAGACCGCCUCAUGUAGAAGCCUCAGUCCUGCACUCCGCCCUCCUGUUUAAGUUUCAGCUGUGUGACGUAGAGGCUCAAGGAUCUCCAGUAGUCAUCGGUCUUUACUGUCAAAGACUGUUUCCGUACAGACAGUGUGGUAUCUUAGGAAACAUGGUGUACAUAGCUAAUAAUAAUCAUGUAUUUGCUGUACAUGCAGCCAGUGUGGAGUUCAAACUGUGUCCCAUGCUACUGUUCCUCCAGCUCAAACAAAUGUAUCUGUGCGCAUGAAUGAAGGCGUGAAUGACGACAUGCAGCAAACCAAAAGGAGGUAGAAGAGUGUCGUGUGUGUGUCAGCAUGAGAUCAACUUACAUCUUCAAACCCUGACAUUAAAGAAACAGCUGUAGUGUG